AUAACAAUAAUUCAAUGAUAAUAAUAAACCAACACAAUACAGGAGAUAGUCAAUUUUAUGUUGUUAAAUUUAAAUUUCAUUAGGUUGAUGUUUUAAGUGAACAAUAAAAGAAUACUUCAAGUGUAUUCAAGGGAAAUAAGUACCUCUAGUAUUUACCAACCUUCCAUAUUAUGCAGUUAUUGUAGCUCCAUUCUGAAUUUCAUUUUUAGAAUCUGUGAUUUUGUUGCCAAUGUAUAAUUCAAAGUAUAAAAGGUUUGAACAAUUCGUUUAAAGAGGCAUCAUGUUUAUAUGUACAAAUUUUCGAGACAAUGGGUGAUUUUUCCAUUGCUGAUUACUAUAGCAUUAUUUUUAUUCAUUAACAUAUUUCCAAGAUUUUAUACAGCUCAAAGUGUACGUUCUCCAGGCAAAGCCAAAGAAAAUGUGCAUAAUGAAUUCCCAAAGAAUGAUUUCAGCAUUGUCAGAAAAAUUUCAUCUAAUACUGAUGACCCCUGUGACACAAUCCAUAUUGGCAUGGUCUGUUCAGGUUACAAAGCUCAUUUAUACUUCCAUACACUUCUUAAGUCCUUAUUCUUCUAUGGGGUCAAUCCAAUACACUUACAUAUUCUUACCAAUAAGAUGUCUGAAGGAAUUUUGGGAACUUUAUUGAGGACAUGGAAUGUUCCCCAAGUGAAUGUAACAUUUUAUGACAUGACAAAAUACACUCAUGAAGUGAGAUGGAUACCAAACGUUCACUACUCUGGAAUACAUGGUUUACUGAAGUUGUUAUUUCCUAAGAUAAUCUCCUUGAAUGAAACAGAUAAACUGCUGGUUUUGGAUACAGACUUGAUCAUAGUUAGUGAUAUUUAUGAGUUGUGGAAGUUAUUUAGCAUGUUCAAUGAGAAGCAAGCUGUGGGUAUUGUAGAGAAUCAGAGUAACUACUACUUAGGCUCUAAUGUUUGGCCUGCGAUAGGCAGAGGAUUCAAUUCUGGCGUUCUUCUGUAUAAACUAUCUGUGCUGAGAAACAUCAAUUGGUCCCGUUUGUGGAUGAGCAUUACCAAGCAAAAUGUUCUCAUGUACGGAACUACUCACCUGGCAGAUCAGGACAUAAUAAACUCCCUGUUAAAGGAGCAUCCUGAUUUGUUGUUUGAAGUGCCUUGUGUUUGGAAUACCCAGCUGAGUGAUCAUACUAUGAGUUAUGAGUGUUAUAAAGAUAAGAAAGUGAAGAUUAUUCACUGGAAUUCACCAAAGAAAUAUAAAGUAGAAAACAAAGAUGGAGAUUACUUUCGAAAUAUUGCCACUGGAUUUCAGGAAUACAAUGGUAAUUUACUGAGAAAAAAACUCCACUUUUGUGAUUCAUCGACAGAUGAAAUAGAGAGUCAAACUGAAGAGGUUUGUUCAGAAUUUCACAAUUUUUCCAAAAUAUCAUGGAGGACAAUUUUGUAUAUAAGAGAAUACAAGGAUUCAUUAUUUGUAGAAAAUGAUGUAACAUUCGUGGCUCAAUUAUCAUAUGAUAGGUUGCAAACAAUUGAAGAUGUAGUUAAAUCUUGGCCAGGACCAAUCAGUUUUACACUCUAUGUGUCAGAUUAUGAAUUGGCCAAGGCUAUAUCAUUCAUAUCCAGUUCAGAGAUAUUACAGGAAAGAUUGAAUGUAGCUUAUCAUGCUGUUUUCAAAGAUGGGGACUAUUAUCCCAUUAACACUUUGAGAAACAUUGGCCUGAAAAAUGUUCACACCCCUUAUGUUUUCCUAGCAGACAUUGAUUUCUUACCAAGCAAAAAUUUGUAUGAAAUUUUGUGUAAAUAUAUCACCUCUAUGGGCUCUUUGAAGAAAAAGGCUUUGAUAGUUCCUGCCUUUGAAAUAGCCAAAUAUGGUGGCCAGAUUCCAUCUGAGAAAAAACAACUCCUCAGUGAAUUAGAUGAUAAGUCUGUGAUUCCUUUCCUAUCCAACAUUUGGGCACCUGGACAUUCUCCCACUGAUUAUGAUAAUUGGAAAACUAGCUCUGAACCAUAUAAAGUCAAGUGGGCAGUGGAUUAUGAACCAUACAUCGUGGUUCGUAGCGAUGUGGUGGCGUAUGAUGAGAGAUUUGUUGGGUUCGGAUGGAAUAAGGUCUCCCAUAUAAUGGAGCUGGAAGCACAAAAUUACCAGUUCAUUGUAUUACCCGAUGUUUUCAUCGUUCAUAAGCCACAUACGCCUAGUUAUGAUAUAGGAAGAUUUAGAAAUUCUGCUACAUAUAGACUGUGUCUUCAUAUAUUGAAAGAAGAUUUUAUCAAAAAGCUCAAUAAAGAAUAUAAUCGUUCGUUUGCGUAUAUGAAUGUUACCAUGAAUUCACCGACGUUCCGAAGAAGGAAACGGAAUUUUUAUCAAGGCCAGACAACAGUAGAGACGAACACGGAUUAUCCCGUAAUUAUGGAAUAAUUUCAUACGUGGUGAAGAGUUGAUUUAUUUCUCCCAAUAAUGAAUUCUGAUCAUAGGUCUAAUUCAUCCAUAUUCUGUUUCCAUUGACAAGUAUGCUAUAAAAUAAAUUUUAUCUUAUAUUGGAUACAUUUUUUUCUAUUAAUUUUAUUGUAUUCUAUUUUAUUUAAGUUCAUAAAAAUUGAUAUAGAGUGGAGAGUAAUAAAAUAUCUUCAUUAA